AUGAGCUUCAGAAAUAUUGGAGAGAAAGCAGGAUUUGCUUGGAAGAGAUUGAAGUCAAUGCUCCCUUUGAGAAGUGGAGCUCAGAUCAGCAGUGAAGAGGGAGAUAGGACUUCUGGUUUUGGACUGAAGAAUUGGAUGCCAAAUUUUUCGGGUUUGAAGAAUCCUGGUAUGGGUUUGGGAAAAUGGGUUCCUCAUUUGUACGUAAAUAACAGUGACUACAUCUGCUGUUCUUAUACUGAGCAUGAUGGAGCAGAAGUAAACAAUGCUGACAAGGAGAAUGUGGUUCUUGUGCCUGUGCCUGUGCUGUGUUUAUCGUAUCUGCUUCGUGUUGUGUUUGUUUCCGCUGCUAUCAUGGGUGAUGAUUCCAUAAUUGUGACUGGUACUAGUGCGUCUACACCGAAGGAGGCACGUCCCUCGCGUGAUUACUCUACCCCGCUUACAUCUGACAAAUUGGAUGGCUCCAAUUAUGCCUCUUGGUCUCGUGGUGCGCGUAUUACGAUUACUAGUCGUCGUAUGGCAAGUUGGAUCAAUGGGAAGAAGCCUGCUCCGUCUCAAGAUUCUACUGCCUAUGCCGAAUGGGAAGAAGAUAAUUGUCUGGUGCAGUCAUGGCUUCUCAAUUCCAUUACUAAACCAGUUCGUGCCUUGUUCGAACAUGGUGAUACUGCUUUUUAUAUAUGGGAGGCUGCUCAGAAGACCUAUACUGUGACUCAGAAUAGUUCUCGUUUGUUUCAACUCCGACGGCAAUCUAUACUUAUAGGUCAGAAUGGUGAAUCCGUGAAAGUGUUCUAUGAAAAACUUCAUGCUAUCUGGCAAGAGAUUGAUUGUCUACGUCCGAAUGAGUUUAGUUGUUCUGCUGAUGGGGCUCGUCGUCUGAAAGAAAUUGAAGCCGAUCGAGUUUAUGAUUUUCUUGGCGGGCUUGAUCCACCGUAUGAUGGUGUUCGUAGCCGUAUUCUUGCUCUUAGUCCUAUUCCCCCUCCUCUCGAAGCGUAUGUCAUGGUCAUGGAGGAAGAUACUCGUCAAUCCGCUAUGCUUGGAGGAGGAUCGAUGGCUCUCAAGGUUGACCCAGCACGUCACCGACCGGUCAGCCAGCACGACGCGACCGGUCGCGCUCCGUCUAGGAAGUUUGGAUCUUCUGCUGGAUCUCGUCCUUCUGCCCCUACCUCUACCGCUCUUGAAGGUCCGCUUAAGUGCCACCAUUACUCCGAGAAGUGUUUUAAGGAGCAUGGUUGUCCUGAUUGGUUUGCUAACUACAAAGCUCGUAUGUAUGGCCCCAAGGCCACUUACACUGUGACUCCUGAUGAGGCCCAUCCUCCAGCUCCAUUUGCAAAUCUGUGUGCUUCUGAUACUAUGGCAGUGCUAAUGGCUUACCUUCCCCAAUUACUGGUGAAGGAUCUCAGGACUCACGAGAAGAUUGGGCAUGGUAAACGGAUAGGGGGCUUAUAUUAUUUACAGUUGCCGGCUGCAGCAGUUCGUGAUUGUGUCGCUAAUAAAGCUCUGAGUGGCAGUGUCAAGGACAAGCAACAACUUUGGUUAUGGCAUCGUCGCUUAGGACAUCCGUCGAUUGGUUAUCUUAGACAUUUGUUUCCUUCAUUAUUUAGUUCGUGUGAUGAGUUUAGUUUCAAAUGUGAGACUUGUGUAAUGGCCAAGAGCCACUGUACUGUUUUUCCCUUAAGUAAUAAUAAAGCUGCUUUGCCUUUUGAGUUAGUACAUUCUGAUGUCUGGGGUCUUGCUCAUGUGACUUCUCAUGGUUUCCGUUGGUUUGUGACGUUUAUUGAUGACUGCACUCGCGUAACAUGGGUGUAUUUGAUGAAGGAUAAACAUGAUGUUGCCUCUAUUCUUCCUGACUUUUAUGCCAUGGUGUCUACUCAGUUCCAUGCUCGUGUUAAAGUAUUUCGCACUGAUAAUGGCGGUGAAUAUGUGAAUCAUACCUUGGCCCAAUUCUUUCGUGAUCAAGGUAUCAUUCAUCAAACUACCACUCCAUUCACACCUCAACAGAAUGGUGUGUCUGAAAGGAAGAAUUGCCAGUUACUUGAAGUUGCUCGCUCUCUGGUGUUGGAUAUGUCAGCCUAUUCCUAA